AGAAAGAAGCAGGAAGCAAGAAAGAACACUGAAGGAAGAAUGGAGCAGGAAGCAAGAAAGGACACUGUAGAUGGUAUGAAGCCCACCUCUAGAGCAAAAGCAGAUGUCAAAGAAUCAAGAAAUGAUCCUGAAGGGAAACGGGAGCAGGAAGCAAGAAAGGACACUGAAGGAAGAAUGGAGCAGGAAGCAAGAAUGGAGCAGGAAGCAAGAAAGGACACGGAAACGAGAAUGGACAUCAAAGUUGGCAGCUUUGUCGCAGUGAAGGCAGGCAGACAGAAGUGGUAUGCAGGGCUUAUCACACAAGUUGACGGAGAUGAAGGGGACGUCCGUUUUUUGCACCGACCACCAGGUGCUGACUACUACAUAUGGCCCACUGAGGUGGAUUCGUCUUGGCUGAGAAUCGACAAAGUCCUCCCAAUUUCUCCUCCCACUGUGUCAUCGAGAGGGCUGCGGCGAUGGGCAGAUGAGGAGCUAAAUCGUAUUGACAUCCAAAUCAGGGCUUUAGAUUUCGAGGCAUAAAGUUUUGCCAUCUCACUGAGAGGCGAAUGCUUGCGAACCGUUACGAAUUAGCACAGUGCCAUAUAUAGAGAGAGUCUAGCCUACCCUUGUUCAGUAGGUAUCAAUAUGGCGCAUAUUCUUUUGUAAUGUGCUUGCCUAACAAAGCAGUACAAAAUAAAAUGCACCAUGUUGAUACCUACUGUUUACGGAGUUGGCUAUACUCUAUGUAUGGCACUGUGCUCAUUCGCAACGGUUCGCAAGCAUUCGCCUCUCAGUGAGAUACUCCCUUUACCUGAAGAGUUUCAAAAUGUGUAGACAUACGUUAUAUUUCAUGCAUUUAUCUCAUUUGAUGUGAAGAGGUGAAGCAAAUUGAACUUCAUACGAAGGUACUGGGUUAGGCAUCAGUUCCUCUAGCUUUGUUAAAGUGUUGAACUUGUUUACCUGAAGAGUUUCAAAAAGUGUAGACAUACGUUAUAUUUCAUGCAUUUAUCUCAUUUGAUGUAAAGAGAUGAAGCAAAUUGAACUUCAUACGAAGGUACUGGGUUAGGCAUCAGUUCCUCUAGCUUUGUUAAAGCUUUGUUAAAGUGUUGAACUUGUUUACCUGAAGAGUUUCAAAAAGUGUAGACAUACGUUAUAUUUCAUGCAUUUAUCUCAUUUGAUGUAAAGAGAUGAAGCAAAUUGAACUUCAUACGAAGGUACUGGGUUAGGCAUCAGUUCCUCUAGCUUUGUGUAUGCUUAAAAGUGUUGAACUUGUUUACCUGAAGAGUUCCAAGAAGUGUAGACAUACAUUAUAUUUGAUGCAAAUUGAACUUCAUACGAAGGUACUGGGUUAGGCAUCAGUUCCUCUAGCUUUGUUAAAGUGUUGAACUUGUUUACCUGAAGAGUUUCAAAAAGUGAGACAUACGUUAUAUUUCAUGCAUUUAUCUCAUUUGAUGUGAAGAGAUGAAGCAAAUUGAACUUCAUACGAAGGUACUGGGUUAGGCAUCAGUUCCUCUAGCUUUGUGCAUGCUUAAAAGUGUUGAACUUGUUUACCUGAAGAGUUUCAAAAAGUGUUGAACAAAAGUAUAUACACGUUAUCUUGAAUGAAUUUAAAUGUGAUUGGAAUUUACUUAUUACACAUUUCUCAGUUUUAAAUCUAGAAUGAAUUUAAAUGUGAUUGGAAUUUACUUAUUACACAUUUCUCAGUUUUAAAUCUGUUAUUCCACUCUAGUGAAUAGUCAUACAGUGUUAGACUUGUUUAACCUUUAAAAAGACAUCUACAUGUAUUUGUUGAAUUUAUAUAAGUCCUAAUGAAAUGUGUCUUACCCAAUGUAUGAAGUUUUGAACCUAAUUAACCAUCAAAUAAAGACAAAGUCUUUUGAAACACAGAGUUUAACCACUGAAGUGAUAGACUUGUUUACCUGUAGAGCUCAAAAAAGUGUUGCAUGUUAUAGAGUACCGAAGUGAUGACGUCGCAAUUUUUUUUUCUUUUUCAAUUCAUCGUUUUGGAUAUCAUAUCUCGGCGGAGCAUGAUUAAAAACAUCCACAGCCCAAUUUGGUGGGAUAAUGAUGAAAUGCAAAAUCUAUUUUUUUGAUGACGUCACACUUCGGUACUCUAUUUGAAUUUAGAUUUUAAUUUCAUUAUUAACUUUGGAAAUGUUGCAUGUAAAGUUGCUGCGGGCGUGAUGGAUGCUUGAAACAAGACUACCUGCUCACCAGCGUACCGGAGGUACUCGUAAUUACAAAAAUAAAAAAACAAUUGAAAACUGUUA